GGGGGCCCCCAGUUAGGCGUCCUCAACCUCUGAGACAGCUCCACCAUGUCCUUCCUCUGGCUCCUUUCCUGCUGGGCCCUCUUGGGCACCACCUUUGGCUGCGGGGUCCCCGCCAUCCACCCGGUGGUCAGUGGCCUGUCCAGGAUCGUCAACGGCGAGGAUGCCGUCCCUGGCUCCUGGCCCUGGCAAGUCUCCCUGCAGGACAAAACCGGCUUCCACUUCUGCGGGGGCUCCCUCAUCAGUGAGGACUGGGUGGUCACUGCCGCCCACUGUGGGGUCAAGACCUCCGAUGUGGUGGUAGCUGGGGAGUUUGACCAGGGCUCCGACGAGGAAAACAUCCAGGUCUUGAAGAUUGCCAAGGUUUUCAAGAACCCCAAGUUCAGCAUGUUCACCGUGCGCAAUGACAUCACCCUGCUGAAGCUGGCCACGCCAGCCCGCUUCUCCCAGACAGUGUCCGCAGUGUGCCUGCCCAGCGCUGACGACGACUUCCCUGCGGGGACGCUGUGUGCCACCACAGGCUGGGGCAAGACCAAGUACAAUGCCCUCCAGACCCCUGACAAGCUGCAGCAGGCGGCCCUGCCCCUCCUGUCCAACACUGAAUGCAAGAAGUUCUGGGGCAGCAAGAUCACUGAUGUGAUGGUCUGUGCUGGGGCCAGCGGCGUCUCCUCCUGCAUGGGUGACUCCGGCGGCCCCCUGGUCUGCCAGAAGGAUGGAGCCUGGACCCUGGUGGGCAUCGUGUCCUGGGGCAGUGGCACCUGCUCCACCACCACGCCCGCCGUGUACGCCCGUGUCACCGCGCUCAUGCCCUGGGUUCAGGAAAUCCUGGCCGCCAACUGAGCCUGAGGCUUCUGCCACCCCCAUCCCACGAUUCCCCAUUAAAAGCAUCUGUUCAGAA